CUCAUGUUAUCAGUGCGAAUGGUGCGAAACAUGAAACUCUUCAUAAUUAAUCUCGAGAUUUACUCAAUUUAGUUCCGUCCUGAGAAUCAUGUGAAGUUUGAUAAACUUGAAGAGAUCCUCAAGGAUUAAAAUCACUCGUCUGAUCUCAACGAUUUUGAAUUAUCAAUAACAAGUCAGAAUUGCUCGAGUGAUGGAUGAGGUAUCAGAAGCAGAAAACUUACUUGAUCAGCCAUCAGCAUCUCAUGGGAGUGCUGGCAAUGCUAGUACAUCAUACCCUCUAUCAAGUGGAUCCCAAGAUGCCAAUAUCUUAUCAUCCGCCUUAACCGCCCCUCAUGUUAUUUUUCUGAAACGAGAGGUAGAAGAUCCAGAAGAUUCUUGUGACGAAGGCAGUGACUUUUCUCCAUUGCAAGACCCACCUGAAGACACCUCUCUACCAGACGAUCCUCCACAAGAAGUAACUCUUCCGCCAAGUGGUGAGUUAAUUGACAGAUUUUUAAAGGGAGAUAUUGAUUUUGCUCAGUAUGCAGAACAAAUGGGCGAUGGUGAUUUAGAAGGGGGUGAGGAUGAUGAAGCUCUUGUCUCAGAGGUUGCAACUAAUCUAAACAUAAAAACUGUAUCGAAACCAACCUCUGAUGGAUCACCAGCCAAGAAAAGGAUAUCAAGGUCCAAAAGAGAUCGUGUGCCAAAAAAAUUACCACCAGCUUUAGUCGGCCUCAUGGGUGAAGCAAACGUAUGUUACGCACGAGGGGAUAUAUCAGCAGCAACCGAAAUGUGUCUUGAAGUCAUUCGACUACAUCCACAAGCAUCAGAGCCAUUUUUCACUUUAUCACACAUUUAUGAGGAUUCCGGAAACAGUGAUAAGGCCAUGCAAAUGUCCCUGAUUGGGGCUCACCUGAAUCCAAGUAAUACUGAGAUUUGGUUACAACUAGCUGAAAAAUCGGAGAAAGCAGGAAAUAUAAAACAAGCUGCCACAUGUUAUACUCAAGCCUUAAAAAAAGAUCCAAGUCUGGAUUUACUAGCCAAACGAGCUGAUCUUCAACUCCGUUUAGGUGAUAAAAAAAACUAUUUUCGUAGUCUUGUAAAGAUGGUAGAUAUCGCCAGGAAAAGCAAUCAAUAUGAGCAAGAUCUGGAGAUCUCCAAGAAACUUGCCGAAUACUAUUUUCGGGAAGAGAAUGAUUAUGAAAGUGCCAAAAAUGCAUUAGAGUCAGCAAUUAUAAAUUGCUCAAAUAUUGUUAAAUUUGAACAUAUUAAUUUGUACCUGGAGCUCUUAAUUUUAACCAAAGAUUUUAUUAAAUGUUUGGAAGUUAUGGUUGAACAUUGCGGCUUGGAAUUUGUGGCUGAUGUUGAUGAAGAAAACAACUCGUUUUCUGUGGUCAGCUUAAGUAUACCAACUGGAAUGAUGGUUGACUUUCUUGCAAAACUUGUCAUCGUGCUAAUACUAAUGAAAAGCAAUCAUUUGUUUGAUCAAAUAUUCUCAUGUAUCUUAAAAUUCGACCCCAACAAAGAUGGAGAUUUGUAUCUGGACGUUGCUGAGACUCUCAUAAACGAAAAUUUACAUUCGGAGGCAUUAACAUUUCUGAAUCCUCUAACAGAGUCAAAAAAUUAUAGCCUUCCUGCCGUAUGGAUUCGUAAGGCUGAAUGUUUAACUGCUGUGGAAAAGUACAGAGAAGCUAUUCAGGCCUAUGAAAUCGUCUUGGAAAAGGUACCUCUUCACAAUGAUGCCCGACUUGCAUUAGCAGACUUAUUGACAAAAGUUGGAGAGAAAGAAUAUGCUUUGAAAGUUCUAAGUUUCAGUAACUAUGAGACCGGAGUCGAUUUGAAGCUCGUCUAUGAAAAGUGCAUGUUAAUCAAAGGUGAUGAAAAUAAAGAAGAUGAAUUUGUGAAUCUUGCAGAAUUAAUUUUGUACAGACAUCUUGGAAAAAUUAGAAAUUUAGAUGAAAAGGGAGCCUUGGCUCACCUGAGGUCGGCAAAGAAUCGCAUAGAGGCCAUAACAAAAAUUAGAAAAUUGAGAAAUGAAGUGAUUGAUGAUGAUGAUGGUCCAGUUUUCCAUGAAACUGAUGAAACUCCGACUAUUCAACAAGAAUAUGAACUCUUCCUUGAUCUUUGUAAUCUAUUCAUAAGAAGGAAAAAGUAUCAUAAACUUCAGAGGCUAACAUUUUCUGCUUUAACAUCUCGUAAAUUUGGCAGCAUCACAGACUUGAACUUCUUUGCGUUUAUAAGUUGUUUUUUUUGCCAAGACGGUUCAGCUGGUUUUGACUUUGGCAGGGCAUUAUUGACAGAAACCAAUUUUGAAAACACAAGGGCAUGGAAUCUCAUGGCAAUACUCUUUGAUUAUAUCGAUCAUCAGCGAGUCUAUAAAUAUUUGACCCGACUCACAUCGAGGUUGCAAAGCAAUUAUUAUAUCAUACAUUUAAAAGCAAAUUGCUGCUUAAUAUCUCACAUUGCACACAAAUUUGCUCUAAAUGAUUUUGCAUUAUUAUACCAAAAGCAUCCUGAAAAUGCUUUUCUCGCGUUUCUUACUGCUCUAUGUUUUAUUCAGCUGGUGUGCCAAAAAUAUUCAAGUAAGCAUUUGUUGUUCUCACAAGGCAUUGCAUUCUUCUCGAAAUACAUUGAGAACAGAGGUGAUGAUUGUGCUCAAGAAAUCCAUUAUAAUAUGGGACGCGCUUUUCAUCAAGUAAGUCUACUCCACCAUGCUGCGUAUCAUUACAAUAUAGCUCUCAAGAGCAAACCUGUUAUUGACUCUGAAAUGUUUGACUUGAAGAGAGAGAUUGCAUAUAAUCUACAUUUGAUUUACAUGGAAUCUGGUGAAAUUGAUAUUGCCACAUCGUUACUUGAAGAGUAUGUGAUUAUAUAAAAUUCCUUAAAUCAUAAGUGAUAAAAUUUGGUCUCAUUUCAUUUAAAACAUGACAAAUUUAUUUCUUCUACUGACCCACAAGAGAUAGGAACAAAUGAGUAAUUAUUUUCAUUGAAGGAAAAUAUCUAGAGCAGACAAAGCGUCUCUCUUUAGCCCAGAAGGGAAUGAAAAGGUUAAUUUAGACCUAGGUUUACCAUAUUCUGGUAUUUAAAUUGUCCACCUCUUUGUAGUUUUCUGGGAUUGGGCAAGAAUGGCACGUACAUUGUGGGAAAGAAAUGUUUAAUUAAGUAGAAACCUUCAUCUUGCAUUUUAAAGUAAAAUCAGAAGACAGGGAAACUGGAAAAGUACCUAUGCAUGAUUUGUGCGGCCUCGAAAGUGCUUGCUUUGAAAUUAAUUUUAAAAACCUUGGAAGUGCUUUUUUUUAGGAGAUGUUUGAAAAGUAUUGGAUUUCUCUCCUCACCAAAUAUCCCCAGUAAAUGAUUGCUGUUCCAAGAAAUUACAAAGCAUUUGACAUUUUGCAGUUUGUAGAGAAAGACAUCCUUUUCACAAAAAUUUUCCAAUCUACCCUCAAAUGAACCUAAAAUUUUUGACUUAGACUCAGGACAUAAGUAAAAAACUGUGUGUACAGAAAAAAAUUACAAAGAAGAUCGUUAGAAGUGCUUGGAAAUUCUUUAAUAAGUACGUGAUUUUUUUUAACCUUGCGGCUGCACAAACCAUGCUAUGGAAAGAGGCUGCUUCUUUAAAAAGCUUCUGCCACUCAAAUUUGAAUGUAAAAAGUAACACUUAGCCUGGAAUUACCCAUCUCUAAAAAAUUUAAUGUUUCAAUGUUUCCCCUUACCCCUCUCAAUUGCUUUUCUCCUUCAUUGUACAAGGAGGAAGUUUUAAAAAUGGCAAAUGGAGAAUGUAGGGAUUUUUCUAUUAAAAGCCUUGGGAGACUUAUAAAGAAGAAUGACUCUAAUAACAAGUGAUUGAAUUUAUUUUUACACAUUCAAUUCUCAGUAAAAAAAAAAAAAAAAAAAUUA